GCGAAAGUAGUGGAGGUUGGGGAAAUUAUUUUUACUUUUACUACACAGUAAAUUUCCAUAGUCGAAGUAAAAGUUCGAAAAGUUGUUUACACUGCACAGCUUAUGAAAGAUUCUGUCUAAUGUCCACCUGUUGGUAAAUGUUUGACCAACUAUUGUAAAAUUAAAGAAAAGGAUUCCACCUACUUGGAAAAUGCCCAAUGCAGACGAGGCACCCGUGAAAGACAUUGAGGUAUUAGGAGCAUCUACUAAUGUGGGAAAGUCGUUAGAAGAAACAGACAUCAGCAAAGAGCAAACAAUGUCAGGAGCAGCUGCUACUGCGGAAAAAUCGUUAGAAGAAUUAAAUGUUAGUGAUGGGCAGACAAAAAUCGAAACAACAUCAGUAUGUAGUUACACAGAUGUUCAUGGUAAUGAAAUCUCCAAAGUUAGUUGUUUGGCAACAGAUAAUGCCACUGAGGAACAAAGACAAGCUUUACAGGAUGCACAAGAAAGUUCUACUUCUAUAAGUGACUUGAGUGAAACAAAGAGAAAUUUGGAUCAGGAUAUGUCCAGUGAUUCAGAAAUUCAGAAAACUGAAGAUGGGAAUGAUACAAGUCUCAAUUUGACUGUCGACGCAAAGGCAGAAGAAACUGAGUACUUACCAGAUGAUUUUAAUGGAACUGGUUUAGAAUUUGAAGCAUCUUCCUCCCAGAAAAGUAACUCGGCUACAUCCAGCCCAACAAAGUCUCACCAGUCGGCUUACCAUAUAAAGUGGAUUGACUGGAAAGACAAAAAAGUACCAGUCAUUACACAGAAUGAAAAUGGUCCUUGUCCAUUGAUAGCCAUAAUGAAUGUGUUGAUCCUAAAAGGAAAGAUAACACUACCAUCAAUGGUUGAGAUCAUUACUGCAGGUCAGUUGAUGGAGUACUUAGGAGACUGUAUCUUGGAGAAUAUGCCAAAG